AUGAUUCCAAAUGGCCAAGAUGAACUUGUCCAUGAAAAUGUAGUAGAAGAUCCUUUGCUUAUUCCUGUUAGCGAUGACAAUGACCAAGAGCCUGUGCGCUUUCUGCCUCGCUUUGAUUCAGACACUCGCUCAGAAAGUGAGACCAAGGAAUCUACUCUACAGCUUUUAUUAGAGAGAGAUGGUUUAUCUCCUAGACGUACUGAAUCGGAUUAUCUGAAUCCUGCCACUGAAAUAAACGUCAAAUUAGCAGAUCUUGGCAAUGCUUGUUGGACGCACCACCAUUUUACGGAAGAUAUUCAAACACGACAAUAUCGUAGUCUGGAGGUACUUAUAGGCGCUGGAUAUGGCGAUUAUUUGUUUGAACCUCAUAGCGGUGAUACGUACAGCAGGGAUGAAGAUCAUUUAGCUCAUAUAAUUGAACUUCUUGGAUAUAUUUGUCCAAAAGUAUAUAGAAAAGGAGCUCACUGGCGUGAAUUCUUUGAUAAUCAUGGUCAUUUGCUUCAUAUAUGUCACUUGAAACCUUGGUCAUUAGUAGAGGUAUUAACACAGAAGUACGAUUGGCCAAUUGAAUCUGCGGGACAGUUCGCAUCUUUUCUUAUUCCAAUGCUUGAAUUUGAUCAAAAUGAACGUGCAACAGCUCGGGAAUGUUUGCAACACGACUGGUUAAAACCUAAUGGUGGAAAACCGUUGCAUAAUAUGGAAAAAAAGCAGAAACCGCCUGUACUUCGGAAGAAAGAAGCACACUGUCAGCCUUCAGUGCUUUAUCGGCCAUCUGUAGUUAAUGAUGAUGAAGGUUCUUGUGAAUUGGAUAAUGAAAGCGGAAAUGAAGAAAGUGAAGAGUGCUUUUAUGAAAUGAAUGCUGUUCUCGGUGAAGAAUCCCAGAAAGCAAUUUCAGGGAAUGGAGGCGAGGACAGAUUUCUGGAAGAAUGCUUUGUCGAGGUUAAGCGGAGUCAUGAACAGCGAGGUUUAGAAAUGGCUGUAUUAGCAAGAGUAAUGCAGAAUGUUGGAGUAUGUAACAUUUUGGUAUCUGUGUAUAUUACAUAG